AACAACACAACAACACAACAACACGACAUGUUGGAGAGACUCCUGAUGUGGUGACAACUGGUGACAAAAACCCUUCCAGAGUGAUGACAUUUCGUACGUUUUUAAAGCGGACGUGUUUAGUAGCCUACGAUACGCCGAGGUCAAAAACAGCCAAAGUCUGGACGCCGCUUUAGAUACGUUUUGAAGAUGACACCUUGACAUGUCACGAAUUUUCUUCUUUAUUUGCCCGAAUAUCUUUGCGUGUACAGUAGAUCAUGCGUGGAGGUUCGUUGAUUCGGAGAAGUUUGUGCUGUCGAGGCUGUAAAUCGCUUUCCAGCCUUGUGCACUUUCUUCAGCUUGAACAUCCUGAACCUGAAUUACGCCUUUGAUUAUUCAGGAUCUGAGUUUGUUUUAAAAUGACUUCCUCGGAUGACGGCGAGACCGGGUGUGACGUAUCAGAGCCUCUGGAAGUCACCAAUCUUCAAGGACAAUGUGGCGACUCUGGGAGUUACUACAAAUCCAAAAGUUUACCGGUCCUGAACGGAGGCUGUCCUGCAGCUGACAAGGCUUUGGAACCGAAGCUUCCGUCUACAUUAACUUCAAUCCAUACAGACCGACUUGUAUUUAGCGGCUUGCAGAGGAAAAGUGACUCCAGCCAGCUGGACUCUCCGUCUCAAACAGACUUCUCACCGUCCAGCAUGUCCAGCAUGGUGGGUCUGAGCGGCUCUAUGAGAACUGAUGGAAGCAGGGCUGUGGGCAAAAAAAAAGGAUUCUCUUUGUCAAGGAUUGUGGGAUUCCCAGUGAGGAAGUAUGUCAGGGUGAUUCUAGCAGACUCGAGGUGUUUCCUGUUCUGUAUGUGCUACCUGACCUUCAUCCAGUCGCUGAUGGUUUCAGGUUAUCUGAGCAGUGUGAUUACCACCAUCGAGAAGCGCUACAGCCUGAGGAGCUCCGAGUCUGGGCUGCUAGUGAGCUGCUUCGAUAUUGGAAGCCUGCUUGUCGUGGUCUUCAUCAGCUACUUUGGGGGACGUGGGCAAAGACCGCGCUGGCUGGCUGUUGGUGGGGUUUUCAUAGCCGUUGGGGCAGCUCUGUUCUCUCUUCCCCACUUCAUCUCGCCCCCGUAUCAGAUCCAGGAAGUGAACUCGUCUACAGGAAACGAGGGCCUCUGCUUGAACGGGAAUGCCAGCAGCAGAGACGGCUUGGGCGUCGCAUCGUGCCCACGGGACCAGGAGGGCAAGGAGCAUUCUGUCUAUGUAGCACUUUUCAUCUGCGCCCAGAUUCUUGUGGGAAUGGGAUCCACACCUAUCUACACUCUCGGCCCGACCUAUCUGGAUGACAACGUGAAGAAGGAGAAUGCCUCGCUUUACCUAGCUAUCAUGUACGUGAUGGGCGCUCUGGGUCCUGCAGCCGGGUAUCUCCUAGGAGGUGUCCUCAUCGGCUUUUACGUGGAUCCCAAAACCAUAGUUAAUAUUGAUCAAAGUGACCCUCACUUUGUAGGCAACUGGUGGAGUGGCUUUUUGCUCUGUGCCAUCGCCAUGCUGUUGGUCAUUUUCCCCAUGUUCGCGUUCCCCAAGAAACUUCCCCCUCGCCAAAAAAAGAAGAAAAAGAAAAAGCUCGGCCCUGACGAUGACCCGACCAGCGAGGACGACGUCAUGAAGGAGAAAUCCAGCAGCAAAAGUCAAACGGUGACCUCUUCCAUGGGCUUCGGGAAGGACAUCAAAGAGCUCCCCAAGGCGGCCGUGAGGAUCCUGAGCAACAUGACCUUCCUGUUUGUCAGUCUCUCCUACACGGCCGAGAGCGCCAUCGUCACCGCUUUCAUCACCUUUAUCCCCAAGUUCAUCGAGUCGCAGUUCGGGAUCCCUGCCUCCAACGCCAGCAUCUACACAGGUGUGAUUAUCGUACCCAGUGCUGGCGUGGGUAUCGUGCUGGGCGGCUACAUCAUCAAGAAACUGAAGCUCGGGGCUCGUGAGUCGGCCAAGCUGGCGAUGAUCUGCAGCGGCGUGUCACUGCUGUGCUUUUCCACUCUCUUUAUUGUGGGCUGCGAGAGCAUCAAUCUGGGGGGCAUCAACAUCCCGUAUACUACAGGACCGACUCUGACGCUGACUCACAGGAACCUGACAGGCAGCUGCAACGUGAACUGUGGCUGUAAGAUAAACGAGUACGCGCCGGUCUGUGGCUCUGACGGCAUCACCUACUUUAACCCCUGCCUGGCAGGCUGCAGCGCCGUGGGCAACGACAGCACAGGGCAGAUCAGAAACUACACAGACUGUGCGUGUGUACAGAGCAGGCAGGUCAUCACUCCUUCCUCCGGUGGACAAGGCAGUCAGCUCCAGCUGGUCAUUGUGAAGACUUACCUGAACGAGAAUGGUUUCGCCGUGUCUGGGAAGUGCGACCGCACCUGCAACACGCUCAUCCCCUUCCUCAUCUUCCUCUUCAUCGUCACUCUCAUCACUGCCUGCGCGCAGCCGUCUGCCAUCAUCGUCACCCUCAGGUCAGUAGAGGAGCAGGAGAGGCCGUUCGCUUUAGGAAUGCAGUUCGUGUUACUGAGAACGCUCGCCUACAUACCAACCCCCAUUUACUUUGGCGCUGUGAUCGACACUACAUGCAUGCUGUGGCAGCAGGACUGCGGCGUGCACGGCUCGUGCUGGGAGUACGAUGUCACCUCCUUCCGCUUCGUCUACUUCGGCCUGGCCGCCAGCCUCAAGUUUGUUGGGUUCGUCUUCAUCUUCCUCACCUGGUACUCCAUCAAAUGCAAGGAGGAUCGGAUGGAGCUCCGGCGCCCGAGCCUGCCUCCGCUCGGCACAGUGAGCGAGCUAGUGUGUCAGGCAGGAGGCCGCAAGUGUCACGCACGUACCCGCUCGUGCCCGGCGUUUACGCUCGAUCCAACACCACUUCAUCAUGGCCACAGCAGCCAAAGCUGCCCGGGAAAUGCACUCAAAGCAAUAACACCCCCGGUGCGCCCCAUGCAGAAGGCCCACGCCCACCUCCAUGCCUGAGGUCUAACGCCAUCCUCUCCUCGUGCCUUCCUCGAUUGGGUGCAAACCUUUUCAAAAUUCAGCUGAGGCCCUGCUGAGUAUUACAGCUGUUCUCAUCAGCACAUAUCUUCAAAAAAAAAAAAAAGAACUUGAUAAUGUGUGCAUUGUACAUUGUAAUAGACAUCAUAUGGUGCUAAGUGGGUUUGGGGAAGGGGUGGGGGUCAUUUCUGUUCUUCAGUAUCAUGUCUUGGAUCUCAAGAUGACUAUCAAAACUUCACCACAAGCACAAAUGGGAAACUGUUCUAUGCAAGCUUCGCCCCUCUGCCCCCCAGCCCCCUGCCCCAUGCGUAAUACUUUCUAACGUGUAUCUCUGAAUUUAGCCCACAUUCAAUAGCCACCGACUCUCUUGUUCUCUCUCUCUCUCUCUCUCUCUCUCUCUCUCUCUCUCUCUCUCUCGUCACUCUCACAAAUCUCUAUUUAAAGUUUGCUUCGGACGUUUGGCCAGUAAGGAAAUAGAAGUGGCUGUCUAGGUUGCCGGAAUUUUCCAGCAACGUGGUCCCUCAAGGUUCAGCAUCGUGUCCCGUUAAAGGAUCAGGGGGCCAAUUCAAUUACAUCACAAGAGAACUCUUAUCAUUCCUCAGUCAUCCCCAUGUGAUCAGUAUAGGUAGAAAUCCAGAUUAUGAUUAAAGUCUAACACUAAGCAGACGAAGAAAAUGCAGGAAACUAAACAUCCUUUGAGCUUAGUGGGAUGCGCUGCUCGAUUCCUCUGGUUUCCCGGUCCACACGGACCUGUCUCUGCUUUUAUAAUAUCUGAUCUGAGGCACAUGGUUCAAUCCCAGCAGGCCUGGCCAUUGCUCUCACGCUGCUGCUGACAAAAAUCAGCCUGAGCACUUCAGCGCUUUAGCAAUAGUGUUACGAAUCCGGCGGCAGCACCUGCAGACUAUUUUAAUACUAACUCAGAGGUCAUACGUCCUCAGAAGGUUACCGGCGUCACCAAAUCGGGCGAUUAGAUGUAGAUGUACAUUUGCAGUUAUCAUCCAGGUAGAAAUAGUCUCUGAGAUAAUAAUUUCCUGAUGCCAAUAUGCUAGUCUCUAUAACAAGCCAACAGGUAUUACACUACAAGUAAACGCCUACGAAGAAUAUAAACCUCUGUCCUCUGAUGCUGCAUCAUUUUGCAUAGUAUAGUGUAGUUCAUUAGGCAUUUAGGACGGGAAUCACAGCAUGCUGGGAACAAAACCCGUCCAAAUAUAAAUCUAAAUUUCAUCCAUCGAAUAAGGAAAAUGCAAUCGCCGUCUAAGAGAAAGAAUGAAUGAAUUCACAUUUUAGCUCGGGCUACUGCAUUUUUAUGAAACCGUUAAAAAGUAUAAUGUUGUGAAGACUUUCAAAAAAGGAAAAACAAAAAAAAAAAAUCUUCACCGAUAGCAUCAUUAAGUUUGAACCUUGAACUUUGAAUCUUCACUUCAGUGUUCAGUUUUCAGUCUGUACUGGAGAUAUUUGUAACACAAAAUACGAAUCACAACCUCAAAAUAUUUCACUGUAUUAUGAACAGAAUCAAAUGAGAAAUCUGUGACAGACAUUUUUCUUUUUCUUUUUUUCCCACCCAAUAAGUGUUUUCACCUAUAGGUCGUUUUAUAACAAUGCGGUGGGUCAUAAUGUAUCUGGGCAGCGCUGCAGAUUUGUUGGUUAUCUGCUUUAGGCUCCAACACAAAAGGAUUUGAAAUAAAAAUGUUGCUCAAUGUAGCUUUGAUUUAAAGACUCGUAUGAAGACGUGAACCGUUCACAGGACACGAUCCAUCCCUUCGUAUUCGAUGUGUAGAAAACCAAAAUAAAUAAACAACUUAUUCUGAGUAUUUAUUCUUGGUGAAUAAGUACUCAUGGACUACGCUGUGAAGAGGAAAUACUUCUAGUAGAUCGAUUACUAUUAUUAUUAUUAUUAUUAUUAUAAUUGUAUAAUUCUAAUUAUGCUUUUUUUGGUCUAAAGAUGAAAAAUGAGUGAACAUAAAUAAUGAAUCAUGAAUCGAAUCUUUUUCUGUGCCUAAAUUAUGUAAGUUAUAUGUCACGUUGUUAUAAUAUACAGCACAUAAAUUAUGUUUUCUUUUUACAUCGUACCUUUUUAUAUAAUAUAUCAUUUUAGGGGUUUUGGCAUAUAAACUUUUCUUUGGUUUGAUUUGCUUCCUGCACCAAAAGGCCCUUAAAAAUCUAUUAUUAUUAUUAUUAUUAUUAUUAUUAUUAUUAUUAUUAUUAUUAUUAUUAUUGAUUCAGAUGUAAAUGCCUCAGCUUUGUGAGGAAGGCUGGAUAGUGACCGUAUGAUAUUGCGGCAUGGCGUUCGGGGUCACGUUGCUUGCACAUUUCUUCUGCCUGCUGUGAUAAAUGAACUGGAGAUCUCGGUGCCACAGUGAACCUGUUCUCUAUUGGUAUUAAUGCACAUCUCUGUGAUGCGAGACGACCUGAAAUCACUGAAAUUUGUGCUUUGUGUUUUUGGUUUUUUUUUUGUGCUGUAAUAGCUCAACUUUGGGAUGUUAAAUAGACAAAGCAGGGUCACAGGUCAUCUACACAACCAAGCCUCUUCACCCUCAGUGCUGUCAGAAUGUGUGAUGAUCAUUGUGAAACCCUUAAUCUGCCCAUGUGGAUUACUUCAGGUAUAUAUUUACUUUUUUUUGGGGGAAGGUCAUUAUUUUUUUUUCCAGCAUAUUAUCGACAUGUAUUUCUUGAAAUAAAAAAACAAAGCUGUAAUGGAAAGGUUAAGCUCCUGCUCUGCGUUCCUCAGGAACAGAAGUGAAUACAUCAUGGACACUUUUGUUUACAGAUAACUUGAAUACUUGAUAAAUGACAUUAAAAACAAGGAGAGAAACAUAAUUGUGUCUAUUUUGUGUCUGGUAGUCGAAUAAAUAUUUCACUGUAAGGAGAGAUGCACUUGAGGCCAAGCUGUUAAAGCGAAAUGAUCCACAACAGAGGGGGUGAAUAUUUCUGCACAAAUCAAGUGUUUUUUAUUUUGUUUGUUUUUAACCAUAAUUUGCUAUAAGGAAUUCUUUUUUCUUUUUUUUUAUUAAAGAACAUGUCUUAAAGUGCUUUCUAUUUACAUUUAAUGUUUUCCCCAUAAAAAGUACCUGUUAUCACUUACAUUAUAGCAGCUGUAAACAGUCACCAGCCUUUUUCUAUAAGUUCAUUAAACAAAAUAAAGAUUUUCAUGUGACCAAGAAACCAGAA